GCUUGCUUUUGUCCUAUUCAUUCAGAAAAAUUCAAACUUUCAGUCUCUUCUCCAACUAUUUGACUUCACUCUUCUUCCCUCUGGUGCAACUCAACUCGUCGCGGUUACAGACAGAUUUCAAUUAGUUUGAUGGAAAGUUGCCAAAAAUGAAUAGCCUCAAUGAAAUUUUUGGAACGAGUGAAUCUGAUGAAUUUAGCAACUUAUCAGCAGAAGAGAUUGGAAAAUCUGCAGAGGAUUUAAUUCCUAGGCAUGAAGAAAUCAAUUUUGGGACAGUAUUUGAUCUUGAUAUGAGGUGGCCUUGCGUUGAGAUAAUAAAUGGGGGACAAGGAACUGCUCAAGAUUUUGCAUUGCUUGAUGAAGCUCUAUUCAACCCCUAUGACGCACUGUUUUCUUAUUCAUUACAGCAAACUAAUCAGUGGGAUCUUGGUGUUAAUAUAAAUAGCUUCCCUGGGAUUUCUGAUGAAGAAGACUAUAACCCAUAUCUAUAUAUGAUGAGCUGGCAAAGUCUUCCUGAGAUUGUUUCACCUUCCUGCUCGCAAUCACUAUUGAGGGGAACAGAGAGACUUCCGAUUACCCUUGUUCUAGAUUUGGAUGAAACCUUAGUCCAUUCCUCCUUCGAUAAGUGUGAGGAUGCGGAUUUCAGUUUCCCUAUUUGUUCCAAAAUGGAAGUGCAAACCGUAUUUGUUCGCCAGAGACCAUAUCUGCGAUUAUUCUUGGAAGCAGUUGCAAGCAUGUUUGACAUUGUCAUAUUUACGGCAGGCCAAAGUAUUUAUGCAGAACAGUUGCUUGAUAUACUAGAUCCAAACCAAACUCUCAUUGGUCAGCGUGUUUACCGAGACUCUUGUGUGUUUGCUGAUGGUGGAUACUUGAAAGAUCUAACAAUACUGGGUCGUGAUCUCGCAAGGAUUGCAAUUGUUGAUAAUACACCUCAGGUAUUUCAGUUACAAGUUGACAAUGGGAUACCCAUUGAAAGCUGGUUUGGUGACCCAUCAGAUAGUGCAUUGCUGUCGCUGCUUCUCUUCUUAGAAACACUUGUUGGUGCUGAUGAUGUUCGUCCAAUCAUCAAAAAGAAAUUCGGUUCCAGGGAAUGACAGGUCGAACUAUUCACUAGGCUUGUUCACUAUUAAAACUACCAAUUUCUGAAUUGGGGGGGAUACACAAAAUCAGUAUGCAUUCUAUCAGAUUCGACGCAUGCAGUCUCCAGCUGCACUUGCAACUUCUUGAGGAGGCUUGGAAUUUUUGUUAUGAUUGUGGUCUGAGUGCUUGACAACAGACAGAAUAACAGAAUUUAGGCUAGUCUGUAGUGCUCUCGCUUGUUAGAUCCUUUAUACGGGCUUCAAUGUAACUGAUCAACCAGCAUGUGGAAUGUGAUGAUAAUUGGUAAAAUUCUGCGUCAUUCCACAAUA